AUGAUUGGUAUAUGGGGUUCCUCAGGGAUUGGUAAGACUACAAUCGCAGAGUUCUGUUCAGUCGUCUCUCUCGACACUUCCAAGAGGUAUCACUUGGGUGCGGUGAGAGGAAAGCUAAAGAACAUGAAAGUUCUUAUCUUUAUCGAUGAUAUGGAUGACCAAGUGGUGUUAGAGACAUUAGUUGGUGGGGAUGAAUGGUUUGGUCCUGGAAGCAGAAUCAUUGUGGUCACAAAGGAUAAGCAGAUUCUAAGGGGUCAUGGGAUCGAAUGUGUUUACGAGGUGGGUUUGCCGAGUGAAGAAUUAGCUCUUCAGAUUUCUGCCAAUGCUUUCAGGCAAAAUUCUCCACCUAUGGUUUCAUGGAGCUGGCUUCUGAAGUUGUAG